CUGUUCUGAGCUUCAAAUGGUAUGCAUUUCUGUAUAAUCAGGAAAUCUCUUCCACCAUUUUUGAUUUCAGAGACUGAAUUCCUUAGAAAUGGACGGCUGCGCUUCUGACGACUUCUCCGAUGGGGCUCAGCGUCCCUCUUCAGAAGAUGAAAGGGUCUACUUCGUGCCUUACAGGUGGUGGAAAGAAGCACAAGAGUCGUCUCCUGAAGAUGCUGACGAGGACAGAGGGAUUUCAUACACAGCGACAUCUACUUCUUAUGGGGGCCCGAUGAAGAUCAUUAACAGCAUAUUCUAUUCAGAUAUCGAUUUUAACCUUAGGAGAGAAGAGGAUUAUGAGCAAAAUGACCAUGCCGAGGAGGGAGUUUCAGGCCGGGAUUAUGCGUUGGUUCCAGGGGAAAUGUGGUUACAAGCGCUAAAAUGGCACAGUGAUUCUAAAGCGGCCAUGAAGGAUGGUAGGACCUCUUUGUCUGCAGUGGAUGAUAUUGCAGAUGUUUAUCCCUUACAACUCAGGCUUUCUGUUAUACGGGAAACAAAUUCGUUGGCUGUGAAAAUUAGUAAAAAGGACAAUGCAGUUGAACUCUACAAAAGAGCCUGCAAGAUUUUCAGUGUUGAAUCAGAGCUGGUACGCAUUUGGGACUUCUCUGGGCAGAUAGACUUGUUUUUCGUAAAUGACAGAAAUAAGUUUCCUAAAGAUGGUCAACGUCAGUCGGAAGAGAUUCUUCUGGAGCUGCAAGUUUAUGGAUUGUCAGAUUCAAUGAAGUGUAGCGAAGGGAGGAAAAAUGAAAUGGUAGUCCAACAGUCUAAGAUGGCAGUUUCUUCAUGUGGUAGCUCACUUUUCAUUAAUGGCAGCAUUGGAGAGUCUGGUUCUCUGGGUUUGACAGGGUUGCAGAAUCUUGGAAAUACUUGUUUCAUGAACAGUGCUAUCCAGUGUUUGGCACAUACACCGAAGCUUGUUGACUAUUUCCUUGGAGAUUACAGUAGAGAAAUAAAUCAGGACAACCCAUUGGGAAUGGAUGGUGAACUUGCCUUAGCAUUUGGAGACUUGCUACGGAAGUUAUGGGCUCCUGGGGCAACUCCGGUGGCACCAAGAGUGUUCAAGUCAAAGCUUUCUCAUUUUGCCCCCCAAUUUAGUGGCUUUAACCAGCAUGAUUCCCAAGAGCUUCUUGCUUUUCUGUUGGAUGGACUCCAUGAAGAUCUAAAUCGUGUGAAAUUCAAGCCUUACAUAGAAGCCAAAGAUGCUGAUGGUCGUCCAGAUGGAGAAGUUGCUGAUGAAUAUUGGCGGAAUCAUCGGGCUCGUAAUGACUCCAUCAUAGUUGAUGUAUGCCAAGGUCAAUACAGGUCAACAUUAGUUUGCCCUGUUUGCAAGAAGGUCUCUGUUACAUUUGAUCCAUUCAUGUACCUAUCGCUACCUUUACCUUCAACAACAAUGCGGACAAUGACUGUGACAAUCUUGGGCACUGGUGGAACUACACUGCCAUAUCCAAUAACAGUAACUGUGCCCAAGGAUGGAUAUUGCAAGGAUCUUAUUCAGGCCUUGAGCAAUGCUUGCUCUUUAAGGAGUGAUGAGACCCUAUUGGUUUCAGAGAUAUACACCAAUCGCAUUCUUCGUUAUCUAGAGGACCCAUCUGAUUCAUUAUCCUUGAUUAGAGAUGAUGAUCGACUUGUUGCUUAUCGAUUACCAAAAGAUCUUGACAGUUUCCCUUUGGUUGUGUUCAUGCAUCAGCGGGUGGAGGAGCAGUACAUCUAUGGGAAGGCGACCAAUUGUAUGAAGUCGUUUGGCAUUCCUCUUGUAUCAAGGCUCUGUGAUGUUGUUAAUGGAUCAGAUAUCCGUGAACUUUUCCUGAAAUUGCUGAACCCAUUUCUAAUACGCAAUGAAGGUGGCUUAGAUGCUGUUGGUGAUAGUGAAAACAAUGCAAAAGACGAAGUUACUGAGAUGGAGGAUGUGACAAGCCUUGGUAGUGGUGGAAAUCCAGCUGAUGAAAUGGGGGAUGGACCGCUUUCUGAUACUGAAUUUCAGUUCUAUCUGACAGAUGGGAAGUGUAAAGUAAAGGACUCCAAGAUAGAAAUGAAUGAGCCAGUGCCGAUAACAAGGUCGUCUAAGUGGUUUUUUGUGCUUGUGUCUUGGCCUAAUGACAAGAUUGAGUUCUACGAUACAUGCCUUCUCAGUUCAUUACCCGAGGUCUUCAAGUCCAGCUUUAUUAUGAGAAGGCCUCCGGAAUCCAUUUCUCUAUAUGCAUGCCUUGAGGCAUUUCUGAAGGAGGAGCCUUUAGGACCAGAAGAUAUGUGGUACUGCCCUGGCUGCAAGAAGCAUCAGCAAGCAAGCAAGAAACUAGAUCUCUGGAGACUGCCAGAGAUUCUUGUUAUUCAUCUAAAGAGGUUCUCAUACAGCCGGUUCAUGAAGAACAAACUUGAGACAUUUGUCAACUUCCCCAUUCAUGACCUUGACUUGUCUACCUACAUUGCUCACAAUAACAGCCAGUUGUCCAAGCGCUACAUGCUAUAUGCAAUUAGUAAUCAUUAUGGGGGCAUGGGAGGUGGUCAUUAUACCGCAUUUGUCCAUCAUGGGGGCAAUCAGUGGUAUGAUUUUGACGACAGCCAUGUUUUCCCUGUUAGUGAGGACAAGAUAAAGACAUCAGCUGCUUAUGUUCUUUUCUACAGGAGAGUCACAGAUGCAUAAAAUCACAUAUACGAUUCGUGUAAACUUGUAACCAUUGGAAACCAUUAGAGUUAUCUGGAUGGUCCCCUAUUUUUUUGGUAGCUUUACUUGUAUCAUCUGAAAGUAGCAUUCUUUUGUUGUCGGCUUUGCAUAGUUUGGAUUAACCUACCGGCAUGGAUGAAUAAGAAAGGAUUUUGGAGCGUAAUGUUGGUGGUAUAGAUCAUGACUGUAACAUAGUAACAGAUAAGAGUUGAGAUUCAUACUUUAUAGGCAAGCCCCCAUGUAUCCGCUGUAAGUUCUUUACGUGUAUAACUUUCUAUCAAGCAAAAAUCUGUCCCUGGUUUUUAUAUUUCUAAAGGGGAUGGCAGCUUACAUCAAAUUAAGGUGUAUUUGUUGAUUAUUC